UGGCAGCUUACAGGUUACGUGUUCCUUCAGUAAAUGUUGAAGAUAGUGUCCUUGAUGAAGUUGAGACCCUUCAAGCAAUAUACAUACACGAGCUAGAGGUUAACACUGAUGAAAGUGGCCGACCAAAACGAGUAAGGAUUCAACUGCACCCCGCUACAGCAGAUAAUGUGGACUUGCAAUACGUCACAGUCAUGCUGGUUAUUGAACUACCACAACAGUAUCCUGAUGUGCCAGCAGAAGUAAGGUUACAGUCACCAAGAGGUCUUGCUGAGGAUGUCUUAAAAAGGCUGGAGAUUGACAUCGCAGCAUUGGCUACAGCACGUAUUGGUGUGCCAAUGCUAUAUGAGAUCAUUGAGUAUGUGAAAGAUGAUCUGACAGACCAGAACAUUCCGCACGGGGAAUGUUCCAUCUGCCUGGAGCUUUUUGAAGAGGCUGAUGUCUUCACAAAAACUGAAUGCUAUCACCACUUCCAUCAGUACUGCCUGGGAAGGUAUGUGGAGCACAGCCUAGCAGAGCAGAAGAUUGCUCAGCGGGAAAAGUCAACUGCAACUGCCUUAGCUGAGAGUACGAAACCCUGUGUGCUUUGCCCAGUAUGUCGCGUAGAGAUAACCUUCAAUCUCCCUCUGCUCAAAUCUGCUCCGCCACCUGUUAGCAGUCUUGAGAAGGUCUCAUUUGAGCCAAGUCCUGAAGUUGUUGAAUUGCAGCAGCAGAUGGCAGCACUAUUUCAGCAGCAGAAGAAGAGGGGAGCUAUCAUUAAUGUAGAAGAGGAGCGAAACAAGUUCUUGCUGGAUCCCAACUGGGUAUUGCCUCCUGCGGCUGAACAUGCAAACAGUGCAGACUACAGUCAUCCACCCGUCGCGUCUGUCCAGCAGAAAGGCGUCUUUAAUAGUCGCCGCACAACGCAGCACCACCCGUCUAGCAGCCAACGAUCUAGGAGCGGCCGCUUCAGAGGCAGAGACAGAGCCGGCGGUAGAAACCGAGGGAAUAGAGACGAUAAAUCGGGCGAAUACGGUGGCAAUCGACAUGUGAACUCUGACUACAGUGCGGCGUGGAAGGCGAGAGGCGGACAUGGCGAGAAAUCGCGUCGUCACCGGUGCGGCGAGCGCAGACCUGGGGACACGGACAGAACCACCAACUAUCCAAGUGAUCGUGACGCAACAGGGAGGAACCAACAUGAGCCUCCUGGGCAUCAAGAUGGAUAUGCCGAGAAGCCACGGAUAGAAGACCGCUCGACGGGAAAUCGUGGCGGGAGCGCGAAAGCGGCAGCGUCCGUCGGUAGCGCCGCGCGCAAUACUCCGGCGAGAAAUGUCGCGGAGGGCAGGCGAAGUGCUGGCGUGUCCAGUCGUGACGGAUCAGACAGAAGACGCGACGAACGACGCAGGGAGAAUGUUAACGAGCUUAGCCACACGCACGCUGAUGAUAGAAAUACUCACAGUGCUGAUUGUCACCGGCCUGUACACGAUGGCGCCACCGCUGCACGACACGAUGGCGCCACCGCUGCACGACACGAUGGCGCCACAUCUGCACGGCACGAUGGCGCCACCGCUGCACGACGUCACAGAGAGCAGGUAUCCGUGGCGGGUGGCGAACGCGCGAGAGCGAGUGAUUCGUCGAGCGGUCUUUCCAAAGAGAGGCGCGGCGACGAGCACACUCGCAGGGGUCGAGGACGAGGAGGAGCUAAGAGGUCGGGUCAGAGUUCCGAGAGGAAGCAUCUAGAUCAUCAUCAUGAGGAGGAGCCAAAGAAAGCUAGUCAAACCAAAAACUCUAGGGAGCCGAGAGCCGCAGCUGCCGCAGAGAUUUUACGUAACGACACGGGAAGCGUUCGCCAUAGCGAUGCCGCUGCUGCAAAAGUUACGAGGGCGCCGCCUGGUUUCGAAAAACUCUUUUCCGAUAAGAAAGCAUUGCCGAACGCAGCUUCCAUCAAGCCACCGCCUGGGUUUGGUCUCUCCUCCUGACAAACAGUUGGACUGCGGAGGCGUUUUUUACUCGGCGGUUACAUGUGCUUUUUGGUACUUUGACGAUGUCGGUUGUUUAUCGCGAUUUACGCCUCUAGUAGUUGCCUACUGCGACCUUCUGAGAUAGGUAGCUUUGUAAUCCAUAUUUAAUUGCCAGCCGACUGGUCAUGACACCUCGCAUUGAUGACGGAGGAAACGUUUCUACUAAAAUCCCUCGAGUAAAUGUGUGACGUCUACUAAGUGUUCACACUGAUAAGCUUGCUACCUUGGACAUCAUUUGCCGUAUUCCGAAUGUGCUACGAUACGAAUGAAGCUGUAGAAAUUGCACUGUAAAUGCAAGACUAUAGUCUCACCUAGUCACUAUAGCUUCCAUCUCGCCUUAAAAAAAUCGUAUCGCAAAUAAAAUCAUCCUGCGCGAUCAUGUGUAUCACAGGGACUGAUUAGAAAUGCGAACAGGGAUAUACCACGUCGCGUGCGUGGGAAUAGGCUUAUAAAUAUUAUUAUAAAUAGAUGGUUUUGCUACAAUACGACUUAUACUACACCCCGUAUGUAUGUAGCGAGAGAAUCUUGCAAAGUCAUCAAGCGAUUGGGUGUAAGUAGAAAGAUGCCGAGUGGAUAGUUCGGACACAAGUACACAAAGUAAUUGAUAGUGCUACGCGAGUUUUAUGUGACCUUGCAACCCGGGAGCCGGAUUCCAUAGCUGAAUGGGUUAGGCGUUCACGCCGUGAUAGACCCUCGUGAAUAAUUCAUGAGCUGUUUAAAUGACUCUGGUUAUGAAUAUCAAAAUUUUUAUCAUCCAGCCACCCGGCUUUAUGGAGUGCCACGAAACGGUCGGGUGUUGCGUCACCGUCGUGUUAUAUAGAAGUUAAGUAUCACUAUCAGCCACGGCGGGCUGGCUGAUGGCGCGAAUUUACUUUUUGACAGCAAUUACUCAGCGCUUUUGAGAGACGGUGACUCACUUGAGGUUUAUCGCCUUUACUCAGCUUGCUGCUGUGUGCGCAUGCGUGCAUGUUAGAUGGAUCGCUACCGGGGAUGAAUAAUGAGAAAUUAGCCAUUAUUUACCCCUGGUCGCUACGCUAGUCAUUGCAGCUGCUUUACUGUAAUAUCGCUAUGGCGAGAAUCGUGAUUUUUGGGUGAAUCGCAAAUACGACAGGUUUACCGCGAGCGUAAAGCAUGUUUUUGUGAAUCGGUUUUUUUUUAGAAAUCAGAAGCUGUAAACAUUAUAAAGCCUUCGCAUGCUCUACACCCGUGUGUCGGGUAAGACUGAGAUGGGCUAGCUAUACUGUUGUGGCAUAGAUUGUUCUGGCCUCGUACAACUAUUAAAGCUAUAAUGUUGAUCUGCAUUCUAACCGGUCCACGUGUGUGUCGAUCUUUUCGCAAUUUUCAUCAGCGAUUGGCAUGUUUGACUAUCGACAUUUUGUAACGAUUUUUUCGUAACUGCUUUGGUUUUGGUUUUGGCAUGUACUGCAAUGACAUAGCUUUGAGUAGACACGCCGCAA